CUGUAAGCCGAACACGACAACAAUCACCCUGCUCUUUCCAUUUUUUACAGAAAAACCAAACCACCACUUUUUAAAUCUGUUCCGGCCGAAGCUCUCUAACGCAGUCCACGCAGCAGCGAGAAGUCUCAAGAUGGCGAGUACUCCUUCCCUAUUACGCUCAGCAACGUCGUCGUUUCACGGCCCGUCGCCACUCGUUUCGGUCCCUCUGUCCGUACGAGUCCCUCGCGGAAGCCAUGGAAUCGGUGUUGUCUCGGUGAGGGCGGCCGUCGGGACUCUGGUGGUGGACGCCGAGAAGGUUCAUCGUCUCAAAGCUACUUACCUCGAAAAUGUCGUUCCCAAGCUCAAGGAAGAGUUCUCGUACCAGAAUAUUCACCAGGUUCCAAAGAUUGAGAAGAUUGUGGUGAAUUGUGGUAUUGGAGAUGCUCAGCAGAAUGCGAAGGGUUUGGAAGCGGCAAUGAAUGACCUGGCGCUCAUUACGGGGCAGAGGCCUGUAAAGACACGAGCCAGAGCUUCCAUUGCCACCUUCAAGAUCAGGGAAGGUCAACCACUUGGGAUUGCUGCCACACUCAGAGGAAAUGUAAUGUAUUCCUUCCUAGAUCGGCUUAUCAAUUUGGGGCUUCCAAGGACCAGGGAUUUUCAGGGAGUAAACCCAAACAGCUUUGACGGACAUGGGAAUUACGGCAUUGGUAUUCGUGAACAGAGUGUAUUCCCAGAGAUCAGGUUUGAUGCACUUGGGAAACAAAAGGGCAUGGACGUUUGUAUCACCACAACAGCUAAAACUGAUCAAGAAGCCCAAAGACUUUUGGCUCUUCUGGGGAUGCCAUUCCGAGAGGGCAGUGGUUCUACAACUUUGGUGCGCAAAAAGAAGCUGAAAGCUCACCAUUUUGAUUCGAAAUCGAAGGGUAGAAGCCGGAGAUAAAGUGUUUUUUCUCCUCCUCAUUUUCUUCUUAGACCGAAGAUUUGUACUUUUUCGCAGUUCUGUUGCAUGUUUGCUAGUUGUUCCCUUAAUGAUGAUGUUAAAUGGAAAGGAUCUGGACGUGUAAAUCAGGCGGUUGUACUUGACUACUUGUUUAUCUUGCUUGAAUGAUUUUGGUGUA